AUGCGUCAAAUUGGACGGCGACUACGAUAUCUGCCGCACAGCAUCAAGUUGAAGCCAUACCCCGGGGCCAUUCUGGUCAGUUGGGAAGAUAAUGAGACGGAAGCAUUUCGCAUGCUCGGCCCGAGCGGCCCGGACUACCAUGUUGUGCUUUGUGAUGACAAUUGCGCAAACGCUGAGACAGCGCUUCUCCAUGAGAAAGCAGCCCUCCGCAACGACGUGGUGCCCUGUGGCUGCCGCCAGCAGUUCGCUCGUCAGACACACCGAAUGUGCGUCUUUAGCGGUCUGUCGCACACAUCGACAUAUUGUACCAUGAUUGCAGAUCGAGGAUCGGGCUUUCUACGGGGUCCCGUCCGAUCGAAUCUCGCCGGGGCCAUAUGA